AAGGAGAACAUGACGUCCUUGCCGCCAUUUUGUCAGUCUCUACAGCAAGGGUGAAAAACAUUACUCGGGUUUUUAUCCACAAGGAAAGCGAUUUUCAUGAAUUCAUAUAACCUARUAUAUCCUGUAGGCCAACAGUAUGUGCAAGAUGAAGCUGGUAGACCCUGUAAGAUAAGAAAUACUGUUCUUUCCGUCGCAAGACGUUAAAUUUUCUUCAAGUUACUUUUACUUUGAAUUUAACRAGGGAACCUCGUAUUUUUUUGCUAAAAUUCAUUUGAAAUGCCCAACUCUAAAGGAGCAAACCCUUCAAGUGAUCCUUGCUCGAGGAAAGUAAGCACCGUUAACCGUCUUCGAGAGCAAUUACGCCGUAAACGAGAGGCUUUGGCUGACCAUUUUGAGUAUGAGAUGUACGUYGUAUUUGUCUUCAAAGACAAGAAAAAGAAGCCAGCUCUUUUUAAAGUAGCAGAAGUUAUUCCUAUCAUGACUAACAACUAUGAAGACAGUAUCAUGAAAGGUGUCAAGGAGAAUGCAUACACUCUGGAGAGCUCUCAGGAGUUGCUAGAAAAAGAUGUUGUCCAACUACAUGCACCUAGGUACCAAUGUAUGAGAGAGGAUGUCCUUGGUGUUACUCAGUCUGUAGACUUUUUUCUCUGGCCACGGAAUGACAUAGAGAAGAUUGUAUGCCAUUUAUUUUCUCGGUGGAAAGGAAAUGAAAGCUCUGAGUUCAGGCCAGUACAGGUAAAGUUUGAGUUUUAUCACAGUGAUUAUGAGAAACAGCUUCUUCACCUGUUGGCCAGGAAAGACUGUACAGGACUGAUCAUGAACAACCCUUCACAGUCCAUGUUCUUAUUUGUGAACAGAAACAGAUUGCAGACACCAAACAACAAGUCUAUCUACUUUAAUCUGUCAAGCUUUUGUCUUCAUGUUCCACAAGACAAUUUAACUUUCUGGGGACCAGGAACUGUCAAGGACGUUCUUUCAACCUAUCAAGAUUAGGAUCCACAAACUUGGAGACAAGUAGCGAUUAUGAAAUUCCAACCAUCAGCGUAAGAGGGACAGGGACUUUUGUCAUGUUUGUUUUGCUGUUGUUUGUCUUGUUGGGUUUUUACCUACAUUUGAUAUAUUUACAAAUUAAUCCUAGAUUAGAGUGGGUGUAACGUACUCAUUUGUGUCGUCCGUGUUCAGUUCGGGUUUGUUGGUUUACAGUUAAUCGUUUCUAUUUUUAUAUUUAUAGUUAGUUAAAGUUCUUUUAGAGGGUGUUAGCAAGAGUUUGGUAAGGAGGGUAGAAAUAUAUUGAAAAAUAUCUAGGAAAAUAGAAGAUAUGCAUGCUUUUAAGUUAAAAAUCAAGGUUACUAUAUUAAAUUCUUAUAAGAAUAUUAUUAACCUUUUAAACAAAUAAGCCGUUUUAUGAUUCCAAAAUUAUAUUUAUGAUUACAAAAUGCACUAAUGAUUUGGCAUUUGAAACUACUGUUUUUACUUCAGUCUGUUCACUGGGGAAAAAUUAAAGAUGGUCAUUUUCACUUUC